AUGGAUGCAUAUUUCGCAGCUGUUGAAAUGCGUGACGAACCUCGUCUUCGAACGGUGCCAAUGGCUGUCGGUUCGUCGGCAAUGUUGAGCACGUCGAACUACCUAGCUCGUCGAUUUGGGGUCCGGGCAGCUAUGCCUGGUUUUAUUGCGAAGAAACUAUGUCCUCAACUAGAAGUCGUUCCAGGAAGUUUUGACAGCUAUCGGAGGGAAAGUGUGGUCGGUGUUUCAUAA